CUAUAAUGUAGCUAAGUGUUUGAACGUGCAAAGAAUAGAAACAAACUGCUCCAACUAUUCCCUAAUUAAUAGCUAACAAAACAAGACUUAUUCAAACAUAAUAUUAAGGUAAUAUCAAAAAAUUUCUCCACGUCUGCAACUGCACUAUGUAUGUUGAACUUGAUCACUUUCAACAGUUUUAGUCGAGGAUUAUCUCAUUAAAGUACCCAUUAAACAGAAAAAACUGAAGACAGUACAUAGUGUGAGACUGUAGGUCAAAUCAAAGCCAGAGCGCACCCGCUUUCCUCAGCAGAGGCACUAGAUCGCCUGCGAUAUGAGCCGCCAAAACCUUGUCCAAGUCACCAAAAAGCUUCCCGCCGAUGAAAGCCGUCGGGAACGACGGCAACUGUGCGGCGGGAUCUCCGGUGCAGCUGAGAAUCUUGGAAAGCUGGCAGGUGACCGCGACCUCGUCCUCCUCAUCGACGUCGUAAAUGGCGGGGUUGACGCCGAGACCUACGAGCAAUCGCUGCAUGACGUAGCACAUGCAGCAGCCGCGCCUUCCAAAGACGAUGAUCGCAUUUUCCGCCACAAGAAGCGCGCAAUCGCUGUCGCCGCUGCUGGAAUCGCACGAGCCUUCGCUCGAGGUGGCGCCGGAGUUAUUCUCCGACCACGGCGAUGUGUGCGGCUGUUUCAUGGCUGAAAUUGGGAGAGGAGCUUUGCAAAGGGUUCAGGGAAGUGUUUCAGGGAUCGAAUGACGACGUUUAGAUCGUUAUACAAAGUACUGCGUAUAUUAUAGGGGAAGGAGAUUGUACAGUCAUGCAUGACGUAUGUGUAUACGUCACAA